AUGAGUGCAUUAAACUAUUAUUCUGAUUCAAUAAAAAUGAUGGAGGAGGCUUAUACUCUUCUACCAUCUUUGAAUCAUGAAUCUAGUGAAAUCAUUGAUAAAUGGGUGCGAAUUAGUAGUGACAAUAUUACUACAUUAAACAGACAUUUGCAAUCGAGUGGUUUAUCGGUUGGUGUAAAACAACGAAUUCAAUCGAUAAUUGCAGCACUCGCAACAUUACAUGAAAAGUUUAUAAAUCAUUCAAUCGUUGGAGGAAGCCUUCAGUCAACAGAACAAUUGAUUCGAUGGAAAGAUUUAGAAAAUAUUUUCCAAAAUCGAAUUCGCACUGGUGUUGUCAUUAACUUGCAACAUUUAAAUUUACGAGACUUCUUAUUGGAUGCUAAAAAGCUGAUUACCGAAAAGUUGACAGAUAUAGUAACAAGUGAGGAAAAUUUAAAAGUGAACUUUGUCCUUGCUUGUAAAUUCAGUAAUCAAACAAAUGAUGAAACAGUUGUAGAAAUUAAGUACUUUAAUGUUAAAAACGAAGCAAUUUUGCCGUCAACAGACAUAAAAAAACAUUUUCUGGAAAAUGUUGUUGACAAACUACUAACAAAAGUCGAGGAUUUUCAAGAACAAGAUUCUGGUUGGUCACUUGGAGAAAUUGAAUAUCUGCAAGUCAAUAUUAAUCGUUAUCAACCUCUAUUAGCUGGACAAUCUACAUUUAUACCUCUACCAAAAUUUAUCCAACAAAAAAAAGCAGUACUAAAUAUUAAAAACAACGAUCAAUGUUGUUUCUUUUGGGCUGUUACUGCAGCUCUUUAUCUUGUUUUUAUUUAUGUCAUCUUGCCUGAAAAGCCAUUUGGAUGUACAAUAAGUGCUAAAAGAGUAUUUGUCUUUCCACAAUUUGAUGGACCACAAAUAACACCACGGACACUAUUUGUGCAAAGACGUAUCAAAAAACGAGGUGCUGGUAUUGUUAACACACUUAUAAACAAAUUGCCAUUCGAACUUCAUAUACCCGGAUAUCAUUAUUGUGGUCCGGGAACUAAAUUAAAGGAGAGAUUAGCAUGUGAAGAUCCAGGAAUCAAUCCAUUGGAUGCUGCUUGUAAAGAACACGACAUUGCAUAUUUGCAAAAUCGAGAUAACAUUGAAGCUAGAAACGCAGCUGAUAAAAUACUUGCUGAAAAAUCUUUGAAACGUGUUUUCGCGAGAGACGUAGAUAUUGCUGAACGAAUUGCUCCUUUAGGAAUUUCCAACGUCAUGAAAGUUAAAUCGAAAUGA